CUGAGCCUCGCCAGGGUUUUAGACAGCGCCGCAGCCCAAAUAAUCGAGAUGAGCCUGCUCGGGCAGAAAACCAAAGAACUUGUUAACAGUUAUGAUAGCAGUUUGGAGCAGCGACUUGUGGAUGGAGGCUCCAGUCUGGCAUGUAAAGACGAGGAGCUGUGGAAGCAUGUGGAGGAACUGCUGAGAGAAGGAGCUGCCCAGAAUAUGCACGCACUGGGCUUGGAUCCACUGAAGGUGAUGGAGGAGUCACUCAAGGCAGCUGCAGCAUCUAGAGCAGUCAGUGGUGGACAAGUAAGAUACAGUGGUGGACUCAAGGGGCUGGCAAAAGCCUUUGAGGUCCUGGAACAAGCAGCUGUGAAUCUUUACCUUGGUCCCUGGAGGGAGGAGUACAAAGUUGUGAAGAUGUACUCUGGUAUAUUCACCCACUAUAUAAAACCAGUGCUGUCCAUGCCACAGAUUCUGAAAUUGUUUGGACUACUAGGAUACCAGUCAUGUUCUUCCUGCCAUGACCAGCUUCAGCGCCAGUCAUCUAGUGUCAGUUCAAGCUCCCUGGGCAAUCUUCUCCACCUUUCUUGUGCUUUCUUUCUUGCACGCUGUGAGUGCUUGGUCCUGCUGUCAGCCCUGGGGAAGCAUGCCGGUGAUACAGAGUGGGAAUUGAGUAUAGUGAGGGAGAGGCUGAGAGGACACAGCAUACAGGAGGCGCUCGGCAACACGAAGAAGAUGCUAGCGGUCAACCAGCCAAUGAAGGACCACCUGGAGGUCUCUGGAAUUGAUGGGGAUCUGGAUCUGUACACAGCUGAGGAAGGGAACAGCAGGCAGAAGGAGAUGGGUGGUGACGAUGGGGAAAGUCCCCAGUCUUUGUCCUGGGUCACUAACAGCAGCAACUUAUUACCUGCUGUUGUAACACACAGCAAUGGAGUCCCAUCCUGCUCCUCCUCAUUCACCUCCCCGUCCAGAGAUCCUGUCUGUGUCUCUACACUGAACUACCAGCUGGCCAAGGUAUCCCCAUUGGGAUUGGUUACCAUCAAAGACUUCUCAGCCACUUCUAAUCAGGCUGGAGAUCCAUAUGAAGAGCCAACAAAUCCAGGAUUUGACAGAGAUGACUUUGACUUACACAGUCUGUCUGCACAAGCAUUGAGCAAGAUGAAGCCAUCUGAAGUCAAGCACAUUUGUAGCUGUGUCGAGUCUAACAACCCAUAUCUUAAGCAAUGUGGUAAUUGUGACACUUGUUACUCACACCAAGAUUGCCAAAAGAUGAGCCGUUGUGGGGAAGUCCGAAACAAAACUGCAGAAGAGGUAAAACAAAUCGGUGCGGUUUCAUCACAGAGGCCAAGUCUAAAUGAAGGAGAUGUAAGUGGCUCGCCAACCCAUAUGAGGGGGAACAUGGCAUUACCGUCCUUUGUUUUGCGAGAGUGCCAGGAUUCAGUAAGCCAAACUCCUGAGCCAAUCCCUUACCAUGUCUGUUGUGACCCUGCUCAUCUGGACCCCCAGUUUACCUGUCUCACCUGCAGGGUCUUCCACUCUGGCUGCUGCAAAGAAAUUAAGUGCUGCCAGAAGUUCCACAGCAUCCAACCAUUGGGUGUCUGCCAGUGUGGAAGAGUUUGUACAAGAAAACCUCUCGUUUUGUGUAGAUAUUGUGGAAAAGAGUAUUGCAACCUUUGUUGGUACAGGAAUCCUGUUGAAUGUGCCUGUGGCCAAACAUUUGAUCAGUCAUCCUCAGUGUAAAUUGCACUUAAAACUGCACUUUAAAAAAAGAAAGAAAAGUGUUCUGCUUAGGAGGCACUUCUAGCAAAAUCAAAGUGCCUUAAAUCCACAGAUUGGAAUUUAAAUUCCUUCAGUUAGAGCAAAUUAUUGCAAAUCACAAGUCAAAAUGUUGCCUUACAUUCACACUGCCUAAGUGAGCUCUUAUUUUUCUACUUGGGUCUCCUUUUUUUGAGACCCUGUGUAUGUAUUCUUAAAUUGUUAUCCUUUAAAUGAUUUUAUUUAUCAUUUAUCAGUUGUCAGAUUUGGGGUUGUUACAGUUUGUGCUUUGGAAGGUUGAGGGUCGUAAAUAUAUCUGGAUGUUAAGUACAUGAGAUGUUUUCCAGUUUCAGCAAAGCUAAGAAUUGGAGUAUACAAUAAUAAAAUGGAAGAUAAAAGGAAAAAUAACAAUUUGUCUUUUGUUAAGCAUGUGGACUUGGCGUUACUUGCUGAGAUGCCUCAGUGACUGCAGUGAUAGUUGGACUUUAAUUUGAACCCUAUAGCUGGAAAACGCCCUGGGGGUUCUUGGUGGCUACAAGUCAUAGCAAAGUUGGAAAAAUGCCUCAAAAGACUGUAAAAGUUAAGGGAAAGGAUAAAGGAUAUUCAUUCUUGAGACUUUGGCAAGGUCAUUUGUCCAUAAUACAUACAAGUUUAAAAAUAGCCAUUGAAGAUUGACCAAAUGUAAGACCAGGGCCUUAAAAAUACUUUAGUUAACAAAAACUGAAAAAUAUAAAUGAUUUUGCACAUCAUCAGUAGGCCUACGAAAUGGCUGUAAUUUUUUGACUACUAUUCAAAUCCUUUGUUAGGUUAAGAUGCUUGGACCAUUGACUUGCUUUUUAUAUUGCACAUAUAAAAAAAAAAAACUUUGCCAACAUCCUACCCAGCAGGCCACUAAGAUUUAGAACAUUUCUCUUUAGCUGUUAGAGCCAGUUAUUUUAUGAGUCGUGCGUUUUAAUGUGCAGGUAUGCCCCAAGCACUGAUGAAAUGGUGUCAGUCAUGUUUACAUUGUCAGAUUGAUCAUUUGUAUAUAAAAGGUCUAUUCAAGAUGGAAGGCAGAACAUUUUUGCUUAAGAGAAAUACAGAAAUAAAAAUGGAAUUACAU